AUGCAAAACACAUCUAUUACAAGGUAUAAACGUUCACAAGGUCGUCCAGCCAAAGAUCCAGAAACAAUCAGCAUAAAUGAGAUGUGUGAGGAAAAAAUUGCUAAAUUGGGAGAUAGAUUUUCUAUAAUAAAACAAAAAUAUGAAGAUUUAACAAGGAACCAAAUGUUGGAUUUUGCAGAAAAGAUGAAAAAAGAACAUAAUAUAAAAAUAAAAUAUGCAACAAAAAGAAAUCUGACCAGAUUUCUAAUAUGGAUAUGUGAAAAUUACGAAAACCUUGCACCUUAUUUAGAAUCUCUCGUCUCAACAAGUUCAUCUCCAACAAUUGGCAUCAUUACAGAAGCUUCAAAAUCUAAUGAAUCUAAUGAAAAAGAUGAUAAUAAUGAUUAUGAUGGUAAUACGUGUUAUGUAAUGGAUGAUACGGAGUUUACAGAAUUUCAAGAAAUUCAGGGUGUUUUUUAA